CGGGUGAUGGGCGACGGCGGGGGAACAGGGUGCCCUUUCCCCUACCCCCACUGUCUGGUCCCUGGCGUUGGCCACGGGGCCGCCCUGUGGGCCUCGCUUCCAGGUGCGUCGGGCCUGACGGCGUUCCCUCCAGCCCCCCGAACCGUCGCCACUCUGUGGGCGCCCUGAACCGUCUUUGGCAUCCCUGACCUCAUAGAGCCCAUUUCCCGGCUCUCACUUGCCAAGAUCCCGGCGCUGGUCCUGGGCAGCCUCACGUCAGGCACCCUCCCACUUCCUGGCCAGUUUCUUGGUGUCCCAGCUCACCAGGCUGCUCUUUAGAGGGAAGAGGUGUUGUGAUUGUUUUCACCUGAAGUGCCUCUUCCCUUCAGUCACGUGUUCCCCCUUGCAGUUCCCCACCGCAGUUUCUUUUUUUUCUGGAGGCUUCAGAUGCAUCUGUCUCUGAGUAAUAGCCAGCUGUAGUGUAGAUACCACCAUAUGGGGAGGGAAGUAGUAUGCACCACUACCUCAGAUGGUAACAGCCAUUGGGAAAACCCUUCUCCCUUACUCAGGUAAUAAAUCCUCAUUAGUCAAGAAGAUGUCUUCAGCACCGGAGUCUCCUGGCUUUAAAGAGGAACCAUCCAAAGAGAAAGACUUUAGAAACCCAGGGUUCAGAGGGGUCCGUACAACAACCUUAUUUCGAGCUGUGAAUCCAGAGCUCUUCAUUAAACCUAACAAACCUGUAAUGGCUUUCGGAUUGAUAACCCUUUCACUUUGCGUGGCGUAUAUUGGUUAUCUACAUGCAACACAAGAGAAUAAAAAGGACCUAUAUGAAGCUAUUGAUAGUGAGGGACACAGUUACAUGAGGAGGAGAACAUCUAAAUGGGAUUAAUAGUGCUGGAUACUGCAGAUGGAACUUCAUAAAAGGCUCUGAAAUCUUUGAAGGAAAGACUGUGAGUGCAUAGUAUCAGCUUGUUCUAGAACGUGUUGAUGAGGAAAGAAGGUAACAGUUGCAGCCAGGCCUUGAGGCUGUAUUCCUUACCUCAUUCUUUUUCCAUAGAGGGAGCUUCUCAAUAUUGUUCUUUUAUUAAGUCCUCGUAUCAAAGUGCCAGGAGAAUGGAAGUCGUUUUGUUAAUUAUUAAGUUCUGUAUAAUAAAAGUACCCAGUGCUGUCAGAUUUGCAGAGUAUUUUUAAUAUUUUGAGGUAAAUUGUGUAUUUGCAACUGCUGUGAGGGUUUUGUUUUGCUAUUUGCAAAGGCAAUGAUCAUUUUCUUCCUGGCACAGAACUUGUCUGUAUUUAUGAAAAAGGAAGAAAAAAAGAAAGAAAGAUUGUAAGUUAUUGUAACACCUGUAGUCCACAUUCAAGACAGGUAAUUUUUACAGAGUCAGAGAUGACUCAAAUAUUUUGGCAUUCUAUUUCAGCUAUUUUUGGUACAGAAUUUUAUUUCUUUUGAAAAGGUAGUCCCAUUACUACUAACAUGAGUAAAUGGGAGAAUAAUCCAAUGAAAUUGGAGUUUUUCUUUGAAAAAGAAAGUAUAGUAAACUGAGAUAUGUUUUUAUUUGAUUACAACCAAAUGUUACCUAUUUUAGUUUUUAUAAAUUAAUGUUAUAAUGAUACUAUAAACAUAAAACCAAAUUUUCUUAUGGUUAUUUUAAAACUAGAACUAUUCAACAGAUAAGAAGAGAAAGUCUUACUCUCCUGGGUUUACCUUAUAUAAUUUAAAUUUUUCUGACAAGGGUUUUGGACAUGUUUCAUUUAUAGAGUUUUACCCUAUUUUCCAAAUCCCUGUAAUUGGGAGGUCAGUAAUAAAUCUCACUUACAAAAUUUUUUUUCACUUAUUAUUACCAAGUAACAAUAACUGCAUUGACAGAGUAUAGUAUAAGCUACUAUGAUGACAAAUAACUACUUUAUUGUAGUUUUGUAAGAUAUGUGAAAGUGCAAUUAUGUCUUAUUUAUAGAUAUUAAAGAGCUUAACUAGUUAUCUAUAUGCAACUAAAUCAAGUCUUUAUUCCUGAGCCCUAAGUAUUUCUUUGCUAUGUCUCUCUAUAUAGUAUACUUCAUCAGUUUAAAAUGCACUUAAGUGGUAUAAAAUGCCUUUUAAUUUAAAGUAUUAUCUUUUGCUUUUGGUUUCCCUCUGUACUUAGGCUGUUAAGCUAGAAUUUUUCUAUUUUCAGCUUAUGCAUGUAAUGUCAUACCAUCAUCUUUUAGAAUUCCUCUAUUAUUCAACAAAAUAAGUUGAUAUUUGGUGGGGAGAUAGUAGUUAGGUGAAUUCUCAAGAGACCAACGCAGCAGCAAAGUGCAGUGGAAAAUGCACAGAGCAACCUUAAGCCAUGUGACAUCUAUGUAUGUAAAUACAUACAUAUUCUCAUGUGUCAUUUCUGCUAUAUAGACUUUUAUCAGCUCUUCUUAUCAAGGUUACUUGUCUUUCAGGGGUGAGGGUUUGGCAUGAGAAGAACAUGUGUUAAAAUCUAGCUUCUGCACUGACCAGUUAUGUGCCUUAGACUAUACACUUAGCCUCUGAGUCUGCUUCCUUAUAAGGAUGUUAGGGAUCCUAUAUUAAAUAGGAUUGUGUCAUUGUUUUUGGUUAUUGGGAAAUAAACAUAUGAAAAUUUGAUUUUAUGUUUAUAAUAUCGUUGUAACAUUGAUUUACAAAAGCUAGAAUGGAUAACAUUUGGUUGUAAUCAAAUAAAAACAUCAUACCUCA